GCGACCUCACUUUCAGUCCUUCCGGCUGUAAGCGACAUCGUGCAGCCAAGGUGUUUGGAAUAGUCGUAUUCUUUCUUUUCUCUGAAGGGUAAGUGAGGCAGUCAGACAUCGCCUGUGUUUGUGUUUUAGUUUUCGCUGUGGCUAUAUGGCCGGUAGCCGGUCAAGGUUUUCAAAAUACUAAAUGGCCGGCAGUUCUAUAUUCUCAUUAAAUUUCACAAAAUUGAAAGAUUCCAGCUAAUCUAAACUAUCAUAUGUCGAUUUAGAAAAGUCAAGCGAUCCUGAAAUGCUUUACAGAUCUCAAGUCUAGUGUUUGGUUUGCGCUGGGCUCAGAGGAGGAAAUCAUUUUUUGUGACACUUAAAAAUUUUUUCAGCUCGACUGCCGGUCAAGGUUUUCAAAACACUAAAUGGCCGGCAGUCCGUUAUUCUCAGUAAAUUUCACAAAAUCGAAAGAUUCCAGCUAAUGUAAACUAUCAUAUGUCGAUUUAGAAAAGUCAAGCGAUCCUAAAGGGGGGAAUUUCAUAUAUCCCAUGAUGCUUCGCGGCUAAUUUCUGUCUUCUCUCCGCGGUGGAAAGAGCGUUCGAGGGUUUCGAGGGAGAUUUUGAACGACCUGAAUUUCAAGAUGCAGCUUAUCCAAGGUAAGUUUCAAUGAGCCUUGUUAAUCUUUGGUAUCUGAUUGAUAAUGUAAACUGUUUCCAUAGUCAUUUCACGCAUUAUUGCUCCCGUUUACGACCCUGUUAAGCCAUGUUGUUUUGACUCGCAAAUGAAUAUUUAUUUAGAUGACUUUCAAUUAUCGAAAAUUGUCUUUAUUCUAGAAAGGUUUUACCCUAAUAAAUUAUUUAAAUCGGCGGUCAAGGCGUGCUUGAUACUAGUUCCACGCUCCGACCUCUUUCGACCUCGCGAUUUCUGUGGGUUUGAUCGUUUUGAAAUAUCGCAUUUUCUGCCCUUUCUCCCCUAAGAAGCAAGGGGAAGGUUUCAAUUUCUUUAUGCAAAGUCCUGCGAAGAUGGCACAUUUUUCUUGAAUUCGCCCUUUUUACGCUGAUCAAAACACAAGUAUUAUCUCUUGAUGGUAUGAUGACUGUUUAAAUUCAAUGGUUUAUAGUAUUAAAGCUUUUUUGUCUCAUUAUUUUAGGUAAAAUUGGUUUCUCAUGGUGGCUUCCGGUCGCAACCGCGCGAGGCGAACUUGAAAUAUACAGGCCAGCAAAUGUCCUUGAAUAGCAUGCCGUAGGACCUCAACCGGCGUAUAAAACCUUUAAAGACAUUCCGAUAAUUCUUUUAGGAUCCAUUGUAAAGAAGAAGUGCGUGUUUUUGUACAUAUAUUUCGCCAUUUCUUAAUAAAGCUUUUUUCUGUUUAUGUUUGACAAUGAUGCGUUACGAAAAAUAUAGAGAUGUCUUUGUUAUUUUUAUUGUUUGUUGGAGCCAUUCCCUUCCUUUGAAUUUUAUCUCCGAUAGACGUCACUUUGUACUUUAACAGUCUCGGUAUUUUCGACUACAUAAGCCGAGCUUGUUGAAGUAAAAGCAUGUGCGGUCAACGAAUGGUUGAUGUACUGUAUCGAUGAAUUAUCGAACUGACAAUAGGAGCACCGCGAUCACAAACAAGCAGCGAAGAGAAAUCUCACACCUAGAAUAUGUAUUUAUUUUAUAACAAGUACGUGGAAAUUGCUUCUAAAUCCAUGGAGAGCUUUAUCAACGUACGUUAACACAAGACGUACUGAAGCAAAGAUCUUCCUCGCUAGCUUCUAAGAACAUUUGCGUGGACUGCCUUGCGAUCGUAAGGCUAGUUAACUAAUAAUCGGCGGCCAAAACACUCUCUUUGACUUAACAAGAAAUAUAUUUGGAAUAGUAAAACGAAAAUUGUUAAUAGAUGGACACAGCAAAAGUACAGAAGGUUUUAUCGGCAACACAAGUCGCUUUCCACCGUUGUUCAACUGUCGCGUCCCUGUUGAACUGAUAGGAUCACGUGCAUGCGGAAGCUUGAUAAUAUAGUUUGAAGCGAUGCGUCAUGGGAUACAUGAAAUUCCCCCCUUUAGCGAUCCUGAAAUGCUUUACAGAUCUCAAGCCUAGUGUUUGGUUUACGCUAAACCAUGUUUUGUGACACUUUUCAGCUCGACUGCCGGUCAAAGGUUAUCAAAACAUUAAAUGGCCGGCAGUCCUAUAUUCUCAGUAAAUUUCACAAAAUCGAAAAAUUCCAGCUAAUCUAAACUAUAACAUGUCGUGAUCCUGAUCAAACCAGCCGGUUUUGUGGGAUUUCUAUAUCAUAUUUUUGUUGGUCGCGAGUCUUUGGAUGUUCGUUACUGUUUUUUGUCCAAAGCGUGGCGUGACACCAGGCACGAUAAAAACAGAUAAAAACCUGGCCUGACUGGGUGUGAUGAUAGUAACCUCUGUGAGUCGCGGAAAAGAGAUGUCAGGACACUUUUAUACUUAUGGCUGGUUUUUUUCGAUUUUGUGAAAUUUACUGAGAAUAUAGAACUGCCGGCCAUUUAGUGUUUUGAAAACCUUGACCGGCAGUCGAGCUGAAAAGUGUCACAAAACAUGGUUCAGCGUAAACCAAACAUUAGACUUGAGAUCUGUAAAGCAUUUCAGGAUCACUUGACUUUUCUAAAUCGACGUAUGGUAGUUUAAAUUAGCUGGAAUCUUUCGAUUUUGUGAAAUUUACUGAGAAUAUAGAACUGCCGGCCAUUUAGUAUUUUGAAAACCUUGACCGGUUACCGGCCAUAUAGCCACAGCGUUUAGUUUUAAAUGUUAGCUGUAUGUGGUGCCUUGGAGUUUUACGAUCUGCAAGUUGUGACGUGGUUUUGGUCGCUUAUGUUUUGGUACUCAUGCUGUGCUGAUUAUUUGAGACUCGUUCAGGCCAGAAGGCAAAACAUUGACGUUCUACCCGACCUAUCCAAUCGAACAGUUCGGCAAUCGAACCCAAUCGAACACCAAUCUUUCGAUUGCUGAACUCAAUCGAACAUGAUCGAAUUCACAAUAAAAUUUUGCCAAUCGAACACAAUCGAACGUUCGAUUACCCAACAAUUGGUAAUCGAACCCAAUCGAACGUUCGAUUACCGAACGAUUGGUAUAAUCGAACGUUCGAUUAACGGACGCCGCAUCGCAUGAUAGCAUCGCAUAGCUGCAGCGAGGUCCCUUCUGCUUAUUAUAAUACUAAUUUUAAACACAACUGCCCGUGUUGCUGUUGUUGAAAUGGUGCGAUUUUUCUCUGUUGAGAAGCAUUUCCUUUUAACAGUCACAGUACCUUAACAGUCAUCGAAAUUGCCUUUUAUUUGUUUUGUUUUGUUCGAACAUUGACAUUCUUGCAGUAUGAUGUUCAGUUCCUGUUUAUUCAAUAAAAGCUGACAAUGAUUAUAUUCCACGUGUUUUACUCAGUUUGAGGCGUCAAGAGACAAUUGCAUUGGAUUAGUUCGAUUUUGUUCGAUUUUGUUCGAUUAUAUUGGUUCGAUUGGUUCGAAAAUCGAACUCACAGCAAAAUAGGUGUUCGAUUUUGUUCGAUUGCCCAACCCAAUCGAACGAUUGGAGUUCGAUUGGGUUCGAUUGGUUUUUUGUUCGGUUUUGUUCGAUUGGAUAGGUCGGUCGUUCUAACACAGGAUCAUCUAUUAAUAUUGCACAAUCGUUUCAUUUUACUUAACUACAACUGCUGCUGGAUGGUCAAACCUUAAAUCAGGGUCAACUCGAAGUGGAUACAAUGAAGAUUGUCUGCCUUAAAUGCUUUACCAUCUUGGUAGUGAUCUUGGUGAUGAUCAACCCACCUGCUGAGUCUGGCCCAGUAACCUCAGCAAUUUGCAUCUUGAAAUGCUGUAGCGGUGCCUGCGCCGGUGCUGCCGCCGUCUGUAAGUUCUCACUUAUUAUUUAUUUAUUCAAAUAAUCAACUUUAUUGACGUCCAUUCACCCAAUCAGUAACAAAAAAUUUGCAAUAGUAUUACAGUAAGAUUCCCUUUCCCCUCCUCCCGAAAAAGUAAUUGCUGCACUUAAGUGUCAUUGUCUGAGAAAGUGUUCCAGGGGCCAAAAGUUGUGGUCAACCGAUUUGGCUGAAGCUUGGCACAGAAGUUGGGUGUGAUGAGAUAUUUCAAAAGCCACUUUGGCUCACUUCUCUGACUUUUAGUUUUGGAGUUACAGGGGGGGUCUCAUUUUUUGCCCUUUGAGCACCAAAAAUCCAGCCUUCCAGGGGGCAUUUUGAAAGUGUGAUAAGACGCCACUGGUAAAUUGUGCUGGCAAAUGAAUUUGACCAUGAACUAUACUAUAAUAGAGCUUUCAGUUCAUGCAUGUAACUUUGUCCUCAAGGUAUUGCUCAGAGAGGAGCCUGGGGCUAGAGUUUGGUCAAAAUUGAUGUUAAAAUUACAACCCAAAAUAGCCAUUUUUCAAAAUUUCACUAUAUUCACCUGCCUUCUUGCAUAACUUCCAUACCUAUACGACUGUUUACUUUAGUCACCCAAUUAUCAAAAUCAGUUGAGAAAAGUUUGGCUUAUUAUGGUUUAUUGAAUUUUUGGAACAAACACUUCAUGCCCCUCUAAGGCGAUGCAAAAUGGAAUUUUGAGCAUAAUUCAGGCCAUAAACAAACCAAAUGGUUGACAAGAAGCCCUUAUUCUGUAUUUGGUAAGUGAAAAUGAAUUGUCAAAGCCAAAUCAGUUUCGUUGUUUAGAAAUACACCAAUUCUUACCUUUAAAUUGGUGUAAAAUGGGCCUCUGAUUAGCACAAAAAACACAUGAUUUAGCAAAACAAAGGUGAUUUUAUUCUUUGAAAACCUAGCAACCACCAUGGGAACACAAGUGAUGAUGUUCUGACAUAGAUGUAACGAUCUUUUUACAAGUUGCCUAAAUUUUUCUUUGAUUUAUAUUCAGUUUCACCACAGGUGGCCCAAGCGUAAUAUGGGCCACUUGUGGCAUAAUAUAUAUGAGAGUUUGUAUGGGAAAAAUAGAGUUUGAAACUUAGAUGAAAUAAAUGAAGUAAAAGCGAUAAAAGUUAUCAAUAAAGUGUAAAUAUUGUUACGUAGAGUCGUUGUCUUUGUUUUUGCGAAGUUUCAGCUCGAUUUGAGUACUUUUACAUCAUCUGACCUGACAUUUUUUUCAUCUAAGUUUCAAACUCUAUUUUUCCCAUACAAACUCUCAUAUUACGCCACAGGUGGCCCAUAUUACGCUUGGGCCACCUGUGGUUUCACGUAAUAUCUCUAAGCAGUACUCCAAGUCUCCAUACUUUGCCAGGCCCAUUUUUUUAUAUUUUUACCUGAUAAUUUAGAUCAUCAAAACGUUCGCUAACAUAUAUUCUUCGUCUGACCUUGUAGUAGCCUGAAUAGUUGUUGUAAAUACCCAUCAGCAAAGGAGUAUGAACAUACAUAAGUAGAUUAUACAAACAUAUACGAGCUUCAGUGAGUGGUAUCGAGGUGAACUGUCAUUUUCCGAGUCCUUUAGAGAUGAAAAAAUGAAACCAUCCAUCCACAGUUAGGAGAGCUGGAUAACAAAAAGCUUGUUUUGCUUUUAUAAAGAAAACAACCCAAACAAAUACUUGCAUUGAGAUGAUGCAAUUGUUAUUACAUCAAGUUAGCUGGCCUGCAAUUGUGGCCUGUGGGGACUGGACGGAGUUCCCGUCCAAUCUUUCUGCUUUUCGCCGAUUUUGUUGUGUUUUUCAUCAGGGCCGAGUUGUUCAAAGCAGGGUUAAGAUAACCCAGGGUUAGUGAGAGAUUUGAAUUCAGAUUUGAAAGCUUAAAAAGCAUCUCAGAUUUAAUUCUUUUUGUCUACAAGUUGAUGACUGGAAGCUCUACAAAUAGCAGAGAAAAUUAUCCGAGAAAAUGCUUUUAAACACAAGAAAAACAAGCACGGGUUAAAUUUAACCCCGGGUUAAGCGCUAAUCGGCCUUCGAACGACUGGGUCCUGGUGUGUACGAAAUUCUAGAAAGCGAUUUGUUUCAGUAUAAUUUUUCGAUGGCACUUUAUUCCUUUGGAGGGGUAAAUGACCAGUGCAGUGCACGUCAUGGGCUGUGCAAGAAACAGGAAUGCUUCCUUUGUUGUCUUGCGAUAGCGGCAUGACUGCAUGGUUAAAGUACAACCAGAAGGGUUCAAGUGUGUCCGGAGAAGAAGAGGAAGACCUGGUGAUGCCAAAGCUACAGGUGAUUCAAAAGAUCAGUUAGGGAUCAUACACGCGCACAAAUGGCUCUUAUCGCAGUUUACGGAACUCUUUUUGCUUGAAGAAAGACGAUGAUGUAUAAUUUACGAUAUUGUCGUCUCAGAUUGUUUGUUUAUGGUUGAUUGAUUCCCAUGUUAAUUUCCUGGGUCCUUAGGGACUUGUCAGAAAUUAGCAGGAGGGGAUGGGGGAUGGAAACAGAGGGAGGGUUACUUUUUGAGAAAAGGGAGGGGUCAUGAAAAAUGGGCCGUUAAAAGGGGGAGGGUCAUGCAAAUGUAUGUCCGUUAUCAUAUAGAGGUUCACCCACAGAAGAAAAAGGAAGUUCUUUAUUUGGUAAAAAAAAACUUGGGAGAAAUAGGAGAGUCGAGUGAUCAGCUGUCAGAAUCAGAGUCAGACUCUUAAUGCUGUCAUCUAAAAUUUAUGUAUAUAGCAUUACAAAGAACAGAAAUAUUUUGAGUUUUCAUAAUAGUGACUCAUCCUAGUGUAUUUCAAGAACUAGAUUUUAUCAUUUAUACAAAAGGGCGAGGGUCAUGAUAUUUUAGGUCAAGCUCAAGGGGAGGGUUAGCAAAUUUCAUUCCCAUUGCAGGGAUGGGUCACCUCAUUUCCGAACCCAAAUUUAAAAUUCCCCCCUACCCUUCCCCCCCCCCCGCCUGCUAAUUUCUGACAAGUCCCUUAGGAAGAGCAUGAAACAUUCAACAAAUUUGUCAAAAAAAAAGAAGACAAAAACGACAAGAAUAACUUGAAGGCUUUCUUUUGUCUGCUUGAGCUGCUUGUUUCCAUUCAGCUUGUCACGUGCACACGCUUAUCAUGCAAUGCACAGUUCAGUUACUGGUUUCCAUUAUUUACCCUUUUCGUCGAAGAUCUUUGAAAACAUGCUGCAUCUAAGUUUUUCGAUGAAAUUGACAUUUUCAGAGAGAAAAUGUCAUUAAAACGCCGUCGUAAAAUCGACCGAAUUAGUUGAUAUUAUUGGAUUUGCUUGGAAUAAAGCAUAGGCAAUGAACACACAUAUGUAGUACUUGAAUGGGAACUGACUCUGAAUUGUUCUUGAAGAGCACGGAAGAUUAGUGCAUAUUUGUAGAGAAAAAUGUUUCAUUAUUUAAUUAAAAAAUUAUUUAAAAUAAUGUUCACUAUUGAAUUAAAAAUUUAAUGAAAAAAUAUAGAAAAAUAAGAACGUUUUUUCAACGUUUUUAGCUGUGAAAUGUUGCCAAAAUUUGGUUGACUGUUCAAACUGCUAUUCAGUAUUCUCCUAUAUAUACUGCUAUUCAAGUUCUAGUAUUUUACAAUUUUUUCUAAUAUUCUUGAGAUUUUCUAAAAUUCUUUUUGGUGUCUAAGAUUCCCAAAACAAUUAAUGCGGAAUUAUGUAGCUAGGCCUAUUCUAAGUUCACUUGUCUUCGACGAAACAGGCAAAUAAAGGAGACCGGUGGAGUUUCAGUGCAAUCCGGCUCGAAAUUGUGCAUUGCCAAACUUAGCAUUGCUUUAUAAGCGUGUCCACGUGACAAGCUGAAUGUAAAGAAACAGCUCGAGCAGACAAAAAACAGCCUUCAAGUUAUUCCUACUAUUGUUGUUGUUUCUUUUGAUAAAGAUAUUGCUGCGAUGAGUUUGUUGAAUGUUUAGUGCUCUUCGUAAGGACCCAGGAAAUUAACAAGGGAAUCAAUCAACCAUAAACAAACAAUUUGAGACAACAAUAUCUUAACUCAUAUAGCAUCGUCUCUCUUCAAGUAAAGGAGUCCCGUAAACCGCGAUAAGAGCCAUUUGUGCACGUGUAUGAUCCCUAACUGAUCUUUUGAAUCACCUGUAGCUUUUGCAUCACCAGGUCUUCCUCUUCUUCCCCGGACAAACUUGAACCCUUCUACUUGUGCUUUAACCAUGCAGUCAUGCCGCUAUCGCAAGACAACAAAGGGAGCAUUCCUGUUUCUUGUACAGCCCACGACGUGACACCGCACUGGUCACUCACCCCUCCAAAGGAAUAAAAUGCCAUGGUAAAAUCAUCCUGAAACAGAUCACCUUCUAGAACUUCUAACACACCUGAUGUAAAACACAAAAAAAUUCCCGCGAAACAGGAGAAGGAUUGGACUGGAACUCGGUCCAGUCCCCACACUCUCCAAGUCCAAAAUGGCGGGUAGUUAAUUUGAUGUAAUAACAAUUGCAUCAUCUCAAUGCAAGGCUUUGUUUGUCCCUUUUUUCCUUAAAAAAGCAACAAAAGCUUUUUGUUACCCAGCUCUUCUAACUGUGGAUGGAUGGUUUCAUUUUUUCAACUCUAAAGGACUCGUAAAAUCACAGUUCACCUCGAUACUGCUCACUGAUUCUCGUAUGUGUUUGUAUAAUCUAUGUAAGUAUGGUAAUGCUCCUUUGCUGAUCGGUAUUUACAACAACUAUUCAGGCUAUUACAAGGUCAGACGAAGAUUAUAUGUUAACGAACCUUUUGAUAAGCUAAAUUUAUCAGGUAAAAAUAUAAAAAAAUUGGGCCUGACAAAAUAUGGAGACUUCACAUGCCUGGAGUAAUGCUUAGAAAUAUGACGUGAAACUGAAUAUAAAUCAAAGAAAAAUUUAAGCAUCUUGUAAAAAGUCGUUAUAUUUAUGUCAGAACAUCAUCACUUGUGUUCCCAUGGUGGCUGCUAGGUUUUCAAAGAAUAAAAUCACCUUUGUUUUGCUAAAUCAUGUGUUUUUUGUGCUAAUCAGAGGCCCGUUUUAGAUCAAUUUAAAGGUAAGAAGCGGUGUAUUUCUAAACAACGAAACUGAUUUGGCUUUGACAAUUUAUUUUCACUUACCAAAUACAGAAUAAGGGCUUCUUGUCAACAAUUUGGUUUGUUUAUGGCCUGAAUUAUGCUCAAAAUUCCAUUUUAAAUCACCUUAGAGGGGCAUGAAGUGUUUGUUCCAAAAAUUCAAUAAAUCAUAAUAAGCCAAAUUUUUCUCAACUGAUUUUGAUAAUUGGGUGACUAAAGUAAACAGUCGUAUAGGUAUGGAAGUUAUGCAAGAAGGCAGGUGAAUAUAGUGAAAUUUUGAAAAAUGGCUAUUUUGGGUUGUAAUUUUAACAUCAAUUUUGACCAAACUCUAGCCCCAGGCUCCUCUCUGUGCAAUACCUUGAGGACAAAGUUACAUGCAUGAACUGAAAGCUCUAUUAUAGUAUAGUUCAUGGUCAAAUUCAUUUGCCAGCACAAUUUACCAGUGGCGUCUUAUCACACUUUCAAAAUGCCCCCUGGAAGGCUGGAUUUUUGGUGCUCAAAGGGCAAAAAAUGAGACCCCCCUGUAACUCCAAAUCUAAGAGUCAGAGAAGUGAGCCAAAGUGGCUUUUGAAAUAUCUCAUCACACCCAACUUCUGUGCCAAGUUUCAGCCAAAUCGGUUGACCACAACUUUUGGCCCCUGGAACACUUUCUCAGACAAUGACACUUAAUCUUUCUCACGUCAAGUAAAGGUAUGAUUCUCGCAGUUAUGAACGCAAUUUUAGUAAUUGGGUAGAGAAGCCUGAAAAAAUUCAGGACUUCAACGGAGUUUGAGCCCGUGACCUGGCGAUGCCGGUGCGACGCUCUAACCAACUGAGCUAUGAAGCCACUUAUGUACUUAUUAUCAAUUUUCGUCAAUAAUUAUUAAACAGCUGUGGGAAGAAAUUAUGUAAGUGAACUUUGCGCAGCUUUUAGUUCAUUUCACAAAAUCAUGGCCAAUUUGCACCGCAUCAACUGCACCACAAGUAUGGGGUGAACUUCCCCAUGCUACCUGGUAUAUGCCAAAAAUUACCGGUAGGGCAGUGCGAUAAAAAGAAGCCCCCAAAGUGUUUUCCCUGUAUUUUCACCUUUUCUUCCUUCUAUGCCCCCCUCCCCCCACCCCGGCCGAUGUCCAGAACUUUUUUCCCUUGUCCUUCAUUAUUUUCUUCACAUCACUUGGGAUAGGUAAUCAUUCCGAUUCCAUAGACCUUAUUCAUAAAUGGCGGUCAAUUUAUAAUUCUUUUAUCCAAGUGCAAAUUAGCCUACCAAGUCUCGGUACCAUACAGUGAAUUGAAAGGAAUUCUUGCUCUAAAAUGAGGCUUGGUAGGCUAAUUUGCACAUUAUCAAAAGAAUAAUAAAACAGGUGCCAUUUAUGAAUAAGGUCUAUAACAUAAUCGCUGUGUAUUGCGUGAAAUUUGGCUGCAAUAUCUCAAAAAAAUGCACUGGAAAACCUUAUACCUUUUGGGGUGGGUUUGACUCAAAAACAACUACUUCAGUCAAGAUUUAAGUUGGGUGUCAUGAAAAUAAAGACCCUCAAGACCUAAAGACCGUCAGUUUAAGUCUCAUAAUGAUCCGUUUCUCAGAUUCUUACUUAAGCCAUAAGACUUAUUCAUAUGUCUCUUAGACUUGCUUAAGUCGUUGACUCUGAUCUUAGUCUAAAGUUGAAGACUUGAGUUACUGAAGUCUAAAAUUAAGUUGGGGUGUUUGCUUUUAACAUCCCCUUAAGUCUUAAGAUUUUCCCCUAAGAUUACACUCAAGUUAAAAGGACCUAAGUAUUGACUUGAGUAAGACCCUAAGAGACUUAGGUCUCAUCUCAAGUAAGGGUUUUAGUGGUCUUUGUUUCUUUCUUGUUUCUAAUACACUUUUGAGAUGGCAUCUGACAAAAACUUAACAGGCCAUGCAGGUACUGGUCAAGAAUUUGCAAGUGGGUGAUGGAGGACAAAUUAGAGACCUAAAAUAUUUCAGUCCACUUGGAAGAAGCUAAAUCCUCAUGAACGCCACUUAGUCAUGGUUAUCAACUUUUUCAAUUUUUUUACAAACGUCUCGUUACCUUAACAUUAAUUCAACAAUUUAUGCUUUUUGUAAAAAAAAAAACAAAACAAAAGGAAACUUUGUCAAAUGGUUGUUCUUGCAGGCCUUCCCUUUGGGGGAUUGACAGGUCCAUCAGCAAUCGUGGUUGCUGCCGGUUGUCUUAUGCUUGGAGGAGGGGCAUGUGCUGCAUGUGUCGGUUUCUGUACGGGUACAGUCGCUCUUCCAACUCCAUAAAGCUUGUCCCAAGAAGACACUCCGGAUGGGGGAGGGGGUACUUCCUUAUAAGAGGCUAAUGGGGAUGUGCCGCUGGAUGGGGUUGCAUUUUCACGACUGGGUUGACUAUAAUAGGGUUUCAUUUUUAGUACAGUUACCAGAAUGGGGUCGCACAUUUUCGGGAUUUCUGGGAUAAGAAAAUUCUGGGAAGCAGAAUUAUUGGGAGUAUGAAUCUUCUGAUCUAUAAGUUCUAAAUAAUUUUGUUAUAAUCAAAUUGUUUUUAUCCAUGUAAGAGACUAUUAUGACGUUCCCGUUAACGAAGAAUGUUUGCUUUUCAACUACUUAUGACGGUACGUUUAUGAAUAUUUACGGCUAGCAAAUGUACCAGAAUGUUUUGUACUGUACGUGAAAAGUAAAGUGUUCUACAUUUAAUUUAACAAACGUGUCGAUUCAUUUGAGGAUGACCUAAUUAAAAGGCUUUAUAAGGUAGAGGCAUAAUCAGAAAGUGACUAAGUUGGGAUAGCGAAAAUGAUAUUUGCUCAAAAGUGACUAAGAUGGGGUCUUUGAUUGGCCACAGAAUAGACUAUUAUGGGGUAGGGGUUCGGAGAGGCCAGCAGCACAUACCCAGCAAAAAUUGACCCAAGUAUCCCCCCCCCCCCGGAAGACACUCUUAGAGAGGAUAGAAAUAUUUCCACAGCUUGUAACCUUUAGAAAGCCUUGUGAUCAUCUUAUUAC